AUGUCUGGUCCUGUAUAUCGGGACUUCUCAUACGAACUAAACGGUCGUCAUACGCACUUUUCCAUUACGAACCACGGAAACGUGGACUUGGUGGUAUUUUCAUCGUUGGGAAGAAUAGGCCAAGUAAUUGAAGUUAUAUUUCCCGAAGAAAUUGUAACCGAAACGCUGUCGACCCAGCAACGAGUCGAAUACGACACAAAAUUACUACUCGGUAGUGACGAGGUUUCGAUGGCUUAUCAGUUGAGGAUAUUGCAACGGCUAUGCAGCAAUUACAAAAACAUCUCUAGAUCUUGUUCAUCUGAGCCGGCGUCGCGGCCGUCACCUUCGACGACAGUUACCAGUCCGAAGAAAAAGACCAUCUUUUUGCCACGAACUUCAUUUGUUAAUCACGUGAAAUCGUCCGAAAGAGCUAGUCUUGACCAACAUUUGGCGAUCAGCGGAGGGCUAACGACGCUGUAUGAAUGGCAACGGGAGCAGCACGAUCGGAAACAUGUAUUCGAACUUUUGGAUGGACCGCCCUACGCUAACGGGGUGGCACAUACUGGCCAUGCUAUCAAUAAGAUUUUAAAGGAUUUCAUCGUGAAGAGCAGAAUUGCCCUAGGAUACAGGGUUCGGUUCCGUCCCGGUUGGGAUUGCCAUGGCUUACCUAUCGAGCUGAAGAUUAGCAAAAGUGUACAGGAAAAAUCGCCAUUGGAAAUCAGAGCACUGGCUCGUCAAGUCGCGAACGAAGCUAUCGGAAAACAGAUGAAUUCAUUCAGGAGAUGGGGUGUCUCAGCUGAUUGGUCGAAACCUUACCUUACCAUGGAUUCCAUAUAUGUUUCGGAACAACUGCGGCUGUUUGCGAAAAUGAUCGAAAAGGGCGUCAUUUUUCGAGCAUUUAAACCCGUUUACUGGUCACCAAGUUCACGCACCGCACUCGCAGAAUCCGAGCUAGAAUAUAAUGAGAAGCAUGUUAGCACAUCCGUAUUCUUCCGAUUCAGGAUGAUUGACCUAAGUCCUGAAGCGAUUGGACAAAUAGUUAGUUCAAGGUCGAAACCUUUAAUUAUCUACUCGCUUGUGUGGACCUCAACACCAUGGACUCUUCCAUUAAAUAACGCAAUUUGUGUCUCCCCCCAGUCUACUUAUGUGGCGAUUAGUUUCAACGAUACUUUGAAAGCACCGGUGUCUGAGGUAUAUCUUGUCGCUGAACCACUUUUGCCGUCGGUAAGUGAAACCAUUGGUCGACCCGCCACUGUUGUCGGAAAAAUCAAAGGGGAAGCGCUGCUAGGAAGACAUUACAAAUGUUGUUGGCACCCAGAGCUGGCACUACCAGUUUUAGAAGGCGAACAUGUGACAAUUUCAAUGGGUACAGGGCUUGUACACACGUCUUUUGCGCAUGGAUUCACAGACUAUGAAAUAGCACGAGCUAGAAAUUGCAAGGUAGAAAGUUUUGUUGAUGAAGAUGGACGAUACACACGUCAUAUGGGAUUGAAUCUUGAAGGGAAGGAUGUUCUUGGCGAGGGACAACGAGAGGCUAUCAGAUUAUUGCGGAAAGAUGUAAUCCAUGAAGGGAAGUAUAAACACUCCUAUCCGUAUGACUGGCGGACUAAAAAGCCAGUGAUAAUCCGUAGCAGUGCCCAAUGGUUCAUGGAUGUGUCCACAGUGGGGAAAAGAGCGGCCGAGCUUUUGGAAGGAAUCAAGAUUGGCACUGAUGAUUCGGAUUUAUCUGGUACACUUUAUCGAAUGGUGUCUGGUCGUCCGACUUGGUGCAUUUCUCGCCAACGUGUUUGGGGCACUCCAAUUCCUGCUCUGGUGGAUGAAAAUGGAGAAGCGUAUAUCUCCAAAGAAUUGGUCGAGCAUGUUGCUGAUUUAGUCGCACGGAAAGGGGCCGACGUAUGGUGGACGUGUUCAGUCGAUGACUUGGCUACUGAUGAGGUGCUAAAAUCUCUCUCUUUGAAAUCCCUCGAUGGACUUUCGAAAGGCACUGAUAUUAUGGACGUUUGGAUGGACAGCGGUGUCGCGUGGCACUGUGCCAGAAAGAUGUACGAGGAUGCGGAUGCGACGCGUCCCACUGACGGGGUGCUUGAAGGCGUCGACCAAUUUCGUGGUUGGUUCCAAUCGUUGCUUCUUACUUCUGUGGCUACACAGGAUGCCAUUCCCUACAAGAGAAUUCACGUGCAUGGAUUCUGUGUGGAUGAUAACAAUAAGAAGAUGUCCAAAUCAUUGGGGAACGUUGUUGAUCCGGAAACGAUUACGGACGGUUCAUUGCGUCAAAAGGCUUUGGGAGCUGAUGGUCUCCGAUUAUGGGUCGCGCUAUCGGCUGGAGAAACUGUGGGCGAGUCUAAGAUUGGAGAGAAAGUACUGGCGGAUCUUGAAUUGAAACUUGUCGCCAUCCGGAAUUCCCUGAGAUUUCUUCUGGGUGGCUGUUAUGGAUAUGAGGGACAACGUCCAUCAUCUGCGCUACUUCUUCUGGAUCAGUGGAUUUUGCAUCAGUCCCAUCUAUUUGGAUUGCGUUGUGUGCAGAACUACGAAAAAUAUCAUUUUCGUUCAGUUGCCUUGGAUAUUCUUCAUUUUGCACAGCGAACCCUUAGUGCACAUUACAUAAGCCUCGUUCGUGAUCGCUUGUAUUGCUCGAAAGUUGGUUCGAAUGAUCAUGUUUCUGCUCAAUUCACCCUCCACAGAGUCGGGACAGUGAUGGCAAAAUGCAUGGCACCCUUACUGCCUCAUCUAUCGGCUGAAUUCUUCCAACAUCAAUCAGCUUGCUCGGAGAAAUUGAUUUUACGAGAUGUCUUGAGUUUCACUGAAGAAAAUGACCUGAACUUACAUCCUCAAUUGGAUCUCACUAUGGAAAAGGUGGUACAAUUGAGGAGUGAGCUGACAGCAGCCGCUGGACCAUCAUGCGAUCUUUUCAAAGAGGGUGCUUUUCUGGAAAUUUCUCCCUCAACCAAAGCUUUAUUGGCUCCAUGGCAGGAAGAUGCUGUUUCGUAUGAUUCGCAACUAUGUGAAGUUUUCGGUGUGUCCAUGGUCAGAAUCGAGGAUGCUCCCGAGGAUCGCAUCACUCCCAUCAAAAGUGAGGGAUCAUUUUGUGAGAGAUGUCGUAAAAUGAACAAGAUUGGUGCUAGUAGGUACUGUAACAGAUGUAGCAUUGCAUUAGAAAAUAUGUGA